CUUGAAUGUCUUCUGCAUUUCAUGUUCAUAUUGGAGGAGCAGGUGUAAUGAUUGGAGAUGCAUUAUGGAAACUUUAUGAGAAGGAACAUAAUGAGACAAAUUAGAAAAAUUACAUAUAUUAAUAAGUGAAUGAUCAUUAUCAUCCUUAAGUACUUUAUGCUGAUUUAGAUAACAGAAUGAUAUAAGAAGUUUAAAGGAAUAAAUAAAUAAAAUAUAAGAAGAAUUCAUUUCUGCAUGGAAAAGAGGAUGCAUCAAAUAUUUAUGCUCGUGGUACAUAUACUUUAGGAAGAGAGAUUGUUGAUAUUGGAUUAGAUUAUGUUAGAAAGUAAGUUGAAACAAUGGAUCGACUAGAUUAAUUUGUUGUAACAACUUCUAUUAGUGGGGGAACUGGUUCUGGAUUCUCAGAUUUAUUAUUAAGCAGAUUAUAAGUUGAUUAUGGGAAUAAGGUAAAAAAGAAUGGUUUUAUAAUAUUUCCAUCUUCUGAUAUGUCAAAUAAUGUUCUUGACAUUUAUAAUGCAAUGUUUUCAAUAGAAAUGACAAAAGAGUUUUUAAAUAGUAUUACAAUGUUCGAUAAUCAAUCUAUGUACAAAGUCAUUGAUUAGCAAUUAGAUUUAGAUUUUGUAGAUUAUUCUCAUCUAAAUAAUUUGGUUGCUUAGAUUAUUAGUUCAUAUACAGGUUUAAGAAGAUUUAAUUGUAUAGAUAAUGCAAAGUUCUUUGCUAAUAUGUGUCCUUAUCCAUAAAUGCAUUAUUUUAUUCCAUCUUAUGCCAAAAUGACUUCAAUAAAUGAUUACUCAAGAAAAGAAUUGAGUCAAAGAGAAUUUAUCAAAUAUAUCACUAACAAAGAGUCUAGACUUUAUUAAUGCCCUAAAAACUCUAAAUAUAUUUCAACAACUUUAUUAUUUAGAUAAAAAGAAGUUAACAAUUUUUUUGGCAAAUUUGAUUUGACUCUUUAAAAUUUAGAACAUUUUUUUAAUUAAAGUCCAAGAAUAUUUUAAUGUACAUCAUCAAAUUACUAAAUCUUAUCUGAACUUGCAGAAAUGAAAAAGACUGGAACAUUCUUUUCAAAUGAUGCUUCAAUUGUUAGUAGAUUUUAAUAAUUAGGAGCCAAAUUUGAUAAACUACAUGCAAAACGAGCAUUUGUUUUUUGGUAUGUUACUGAAGGUCUAGAAGAGUCUGAAUUUCAUUAAGGAAGAGAAUCAUUAGCAGCCUUAGAGAAUUAAUAUAGUAAUAUUGGAGGAGAAACCAAUGAAUCACUUAAUGAUAUUGACUAGAAUCAUGAAUAUUGA